AUGUCCAAUGGUCCUCUUCCGUCUCAGCUAUGUUUGCUACCAGACUUAGCGUUGAAGAAGGAAGGCGACAAAGUUCGGUUUUUGGGUUGUGUGACUUCUUACUCUACGGUGGCUGGUGUUUUGACGCUACAGCAUCACCACCAGGCCCAGGACUCUCGGUGCGUCGUCGCCUUGGUGGACGUAACGUUGGCCUUACGGACCCUCAAGUCGGACCAGGUACGUAUUGGCGAGUGGGUGAACGUGAUUGGGUACGUCACUGCCGUGAAUCCCUUCCCCGCCAGGAAAGGCUCGAUGAGAGAAAACGAAACAUUUCAGGCACGGGUUCAGACGCAGGUUCGCAUCCGCGCUCUUCUCAUUUGGUCUUCCGGACCACUCGACACACAGCGAUACGACGAAUCGGUAGAUGCUCUGAAAAGUUGCUGUAGCAUCACAGCUCCAAACUCAGCCAGCAAGACCGGACAAUGA